AUGCAGGGUAAAGACAAACAGAAGCAAGCAUCUGAUCUGGAAAACUGUCUUUCAACCAUUAAGAUCAUAGACUGCAGCGCGUACGAUUUUUUCUGCUUUAAGAGUAAAUCUUGGCAUGAAUUUAUAAAGGCACAACAGACUGAGCAGAAAGAUGUCGACAGCCGGUUAGAAGUGAAAAAAGAAGCAGCAGUGUGGGAACUUUUCACAAGUGAAUGCACUUACUUUCUGGAUCAUUUGCUGGUUCUCAAGAUGAUAUUCAUGAACACUCUAAAAUACCUCAAGAGUAACGAAUUUCUCUUGGAUGUGGAUUUGUGGAGACUUUUCUCAAACUUAGAGGAGUUAAACAAGAUAAGUCUCAGUUUUCUGAAAACUUUUUUUGAAACUGUGAAGGAGCAUAUCAGCAAGUCAGACUCUCCUAUGGAUUUCAGCUCCAUACUCAGAAAGUUUUUCCAGGGUGACCUCUGCCAGACACACCAGAUUUAUUGCCUUAAUUAUACCUCUGCUGUCUUCUACUUGGAAAACCUGAGACAGAGGGAAGAUUUUGGCAUCUACCUGAAAUGGUGUGAACAAAAUGAACAGUGCAAAAGGCUGCAUCUGCCAGAGCUGCUGGUUGCUCCUUUGCAUCGACUGACGCGUUAUCCCCUCCUCCUUAACAACAUCUGGAAGAGGAGCACUGAUGAGACAGAGAAAGGCUUUAUCUGGUCACUCAAAGAGAAGGUGGAAAAGUCCAUACGGGAUUUGGAAGGUAAAGUCAAGUGGUUGGACAACUUUCAGAAGUUCCGGCAGCUGCAAGAGGUCAUAAUUUGGCCUCAGGUCUGGGAUCGUGACAAGAGAUUCUUUGUCCCAGAGUGUUUGAAGCAAAGCUUAAGAGAAAACAGCAGUGAAAACGUUUUGUCUUCAGCGAACAGACUUCUCCUUCAUGAAGGGAGGCUAACACUAGCAGAAAGCACAAGACUCCUUGAUGUCUACCUCUUCCUAUUCGAUGAUUUCCUAUUAAUUACCAAAAUUAAACGUAACAAAAAGAAAUACGGGGGCUCAGACACCAGCUUAAUCCCUGUCUGUCCUUCCCUCGCUCCUGAGCUGCAGUCCUUCGUAAGAGAGGGUGGGUUUUGCACAGUCCUAGACCAGCCCAUCCCACUAGACAGACUGAUACUGAAAAACAUUGACUCCGUCCAUGUUACAGUCUUCAGCCUGCGAAAUGCUUUCCUAAUACAGCAUGAAAAUAGGUAUCGUCAGUGCAUAGCAGUCUUCUUGCUACAAGCUCAGACAGAGACUGCCAAGAAAACAUGGAUGUCACAGAUAGAAACGGCAAUCUCCAAUUACACCACGCGACACGAAACCAAGAACAGCACUGCUUUCUGCUUCCCAGCUGAAUCCUCUGAAAUUUAA